AGCUGGUUGUACAUGCAUUGAUAUUAUUCAGAGCCGGAGAGAGACACAAAGGAGGGAAAACAGAUUGUUGGUGUAAAUGUGUUACAUUUGGUGAAGCUUCAGGGAGGAGAGGCAACUGCUCCAGUGGAGAAGCUCUACAGCCUUCAAGAUUCAAGAAUAAUCUGCAGGAGCUGAAACAACAGGAAGUCAGGGGAAACUUUGCCUCUGAUCCGCCACUUCAGGAUUUUUCAAUGUUGCCUUGUCUGGCUGUCAGACUGAGGAGUGUUUUGUGAAAACUGACAAGCCAAGAUGAACCAAACUGCAUCCGUGUCGCAUCAGAUAGAGUGUCAGCCCAUCAGAGAUAGCAAGGAGUUUGUGGACGUCAGCCCCCCGCAGAGGAACUGGAAGGGCAUCGCCAUCUCUCUCCUGGUUAUAGUGGUGGUCUGCUCGCUCAUCACCUUGUCUGUAGUCGUCCUAACGCCCAGUGACGCUCUUGAAAGCAGCAAGUUCAAGCUGACGGUGGAGGACCUGUUUAAACCCGAGUUCCAGAUUCACGACCCACAAGCUAGGUGGAUUAAUGAUUCAGAGGUGGUGUACAGAAACGGAGACGGACAUGUCGUCAAGUUCAACUUUGUCCUGAAUGAGACGGAGAUCAUUUUGGCGAACUCCACGUUUGUCUCCUUCAAAGUGGCAAAAUACUCGCUGUCCCCAGAUCUGAAGUAUGCUCUCUUUGCGUAUGAUGUCAAACAGGUGUACAGAUACUCAUACACAGCGUCUUAUAUUGUGUACAACAUCGACACGAGGGAAGUAUGGGAGCUGAACCCACCCGAGGUUCCGAACUCUGUACUCCAACAUGCAGCCUGGGGAAUGCAGGGAAGGCAGCUGGUCUACAUCUUUGAGAACAACAUCUACUAUCAAUCAGAUGUGAAGACCAGCUCUCUGAGAAUCACCUCCUCCGGGAUGGAAGGAGUCAUCUUCAACGGGAUAGCAGACUGGUUAUAUGAAGAGGAGAUUUUGCAUUCACACUUGGCUCACUGGUGGUCGCCUGAUGGAGAGCGACUAGCGUUUCUGAGAAUUGAUGACACCCUGGUGCCCAACAUGACCCUGCCUCAGUUCACCGGCAGCACUUACCCCAGAGGAAUACAGUAUCCUUAUCCAAUGGCAGGCCAGAGGAACCCAACUGUCAAGCUGUUUGUGGUCAACCUGUUUGGCAUUACGAACACUCAGGAGCUGCAUCCUCCAGAUCAGCUGAGACUCAGAGAUUUCUACAUAACCAUGGUGAAGUGGAUUGAUCACACGCGCCUCGCUGUGCGGUGGGUCAACCGUCCUCAGAAUGCCUCACUUCUGACGGUGUGUGAGGCCACGACUGGAGUCUGUCACCAGAGACACGAAGAGACCUCAGAGACAUGGCUUACCAGGCAGAGUCAGGAGCCGCUGUUCUCUGAGGACCUGAGCAAGAUUUUCCUCACUCUUCCUGUAAAACAUGGAGGUCACACAGACGUCCACCACAUCACCAUGUUCUCUAGAAAGUCAAGAAGCGAGCCAGUUGAAGUUCGCCAUUUAACAUAUGGAAACUGGGACGUGGUCAGAAUCGUAACUUAUGACGAGCUCAAAAAUAUCAUAUACUUCCUGAGUUCAGAGGAAGCUCCACAGCAAAGGCAUUUAUACAGUUUGUCGACUGAUGGUUCCUCUUCAAGGCGAUGCCUCACCUGUAGACUGAAGGAAGGGUGCAAGUUCUAUGACGUCGACAUCAGUCCAAAUGCUCAAAAUGCCAUCCUCCACUGUCAAGGUCCUGAUGUUCCAGCUGUGCUGCUUCUCAGUUUCAGCGACUUGGACUCAUACUUCAUCCUGGACAGCAACCUCCCCCUACGAUCGGCGCUGGACACCAGAAGGAAGGCUAAGACCGUAUUCGAGAAUAUCACCAUUGACAACUUUGAGCUGCCUCUGAAGCUCAUUUGUCCUCCGGGCUUCUCAGAGUCCAACCUCUACGGCCUUCUCCUCAUCAUAGGCAGCAUUCCCAGGGAACAUACAGCAACAGAGAAAUUUGCACUGGACUGGGAUUGGGCGCUGGCCGUGUCACACCAGAUCAUAGUGGCCCGGUUUGAUGGCAGAGGACCCGGGUUCAGGGGUCAAAGAUCGCUGGAGCAGCCUUAUCACAGACUCAGAACGGUGGAUCUGGAGGACCAGAUUGCAGCUCUGGACUUUCUGAUGAGGCUGCCGUAUGUCGAUGGGAAUCGUGUUGGAGUUUAUGGACAGGGUUAUGGGGGUUACCUGACUCUGAUGAUGCUGAAUUCAGAAAGGCUGAUUAGAUGUGCAGCAGCUCAGGCUCCCAUCAUUAACUGGACCAUGUACGCCUCUGCCUUCUCCGAGAGGUACUUUGGAUUGCCUUCUACCGAGGAGAGCAGAUACCACGCAUCCAAAGUGCUGCUUGACAUGAAAGGCAUCGAGGGAGGAACUCUGUUUCUGGCCCAUGGCACGGCUGACGCCAACGUUCACUUCCAACACUCAGCUGAGCUCAUCAAACACUUGAUAAAGAUUGGGGCAAACUACACUAUGCAGAUCUAUCCGGACGAAGGCCACUUCCUGUCGACACGCAGCCAGAUCCAGCUGACUCAGUCCCUAAUUGGAUACUUCACAGGAUGCUUGCUCGACAUGUCGUUGUUACUUGAACAGCGGGACGACGAAUGAAAGGAAAAGGGGGCUUAUUAAUGUGUGCGGUAAACCAAAUGUGUGUUUUAUACCAGUAGCACCAUUAUUGACGGACAAAAUAAGCUUCUUUGUGACAUAUCAGACUUGUAUAAAAUGCUCUCAAAGUGCAGCCGCUGUAUAUUCAGUGUUGUUAGCGAGACUGUUGUUAUCAGCCCUGACUGAGAAUUGUAAGGCCUCAUUUACCCCCAAUGAGAUUCAUUUGUUGUCUUCUUUUUUAAUUUAAAAAGUAUUGACCUUAUUUAUUAAUUUCAUCUAAUUGUAAAGUAUUUUACAAUUAAAUAAACAAAAAAUAGGUUUAAUCACAGAGUGUAGCACCUGGAGGUGAAAUGUAUAUAGAUUACAAUAAUAAAUAGAAAACCUUGGUGCCAAAUAUUGAUAUUUUAACCGCAAACUAUUCUUUUUUUUUACCCUGAUAGAAGAUGUAUGGAUAUUUUUACAUUGAUGAGUAAUUUGGACAUUUCAAUUCCUUUUCUGUUGUGAAAUUAGGCCUAAAACCUGAAAGCUGGAUUCUGUCUGUUAACCGAGUUUUUAAAAGUUCCUAAAAUCAUCAUGCAAAAAAUGUAGAAAUUUCAAGUUUGACUUGGAUAUUCUCUGAUUGUGAAAAAAAUAGAAACAUUUUUUAUGAUAAAGGGCAUAAAUAUGCAAUAUUAAUACUAGGAAAGCACUCGGACAGCGCAUAAAUUCUGCCCUAUAUUGUGACUUACACAUAUAGGUAAAACAUGCACAUCAUCGUCAUUGCCAAAUCUAAAUGAAUUGUUCCUUGGCAUAAGGCGCAGCUCUGGUAAAAAAAAAAAAAAAUCCAUAAAAUGCAUUGAUAUGUUUUCAAUUUAUCCUGCUAACAAACCUUCUAACAAACCUUCCCUUUUCUUGUGUUUUUGUCAUCAGUGAAAUACCUCCGAAAUUUUUUGAGUCCAAUGCCGAUGCUGUUAAUAGUCACUAC